CACACACCCAUCCUCUCCCUGUCUCUCCCCCUCUCUCUCUCACUCAGUGCGACUCCUCCGAGUAAUCAGGAGUAAGUCAAACUUCUUGCAGUUGAGGAUUUGUGCGCACGCACUGAAGGAUCCAGGUGGUGCAGUUUUUUCUCCCUGGUUUCAUGUGCUCAUCAGUGCUGAAGACAAUGGGAUGGAAACAUCUAAUCUCAGUGAAGUCAAGAGGCAUCUAACCCAUUAGUAGAACAGGUGUCUGUGGUGAUGUUGCCAUGUGCCGGCUGCCAUCUGCUUCAACACUCAUUUAUUCAGGACUGAUGUCCAGAUGGUGUGCCCCUCCAUGUGCCGUCCAGUUCAGCUCUCCCUGAAUCUUUCAUGGGCCACAAACCGACCCAAGCAACCACGGCCUCUCGAAUCAACCCCACCACCCCGGCGCUGCACACCUCACCCUGAACCCCUCACCCCUCACUUUCACCCUUAGCCGCUCGACCCUUGUCACAUUUCAUCAAUCCUGUCCCUCCCUGAACACAACAUGGUGGCCUUCAUUCCCACUCUACUCUUGGUGAUGAUGUGUCGGGGGGUCCUGCUCUCCAUCGGGGACCCACCUCAAUCCCGUCGAGAGAUCCGCAUCGAGGGUGACCUGGUUCUCGGCGGCUUGUUCCCUGUGCACGAGAAAGGUGCCGGGAUGGAGGAGUGUGGCCGUGUGAACGAGGACAGAGGAAUCCAGAGGCUGGAGGCCAUGUUAUUCGCCAUUGACAGAAUCAAUAGGGACAACUAUUUACUGCCCGGGGUCUCCCUUGGAGUCCACAUCCUGGACACCUGCUCAAGAGAUACCUAUGCACUGGAGCAGGCUCUGGAGUUUGUGAGAGCCUCCCUCACCAAGGUGGACGACACAGAAUUCAUCUGUCCAGACGGAUCUUACGCUCUGCAGGACGACAGUCCGCUUGCAAUCGCUGGAGUCAUAGGAGGAUCCUUCAGCAGUGUGUCCAUACAGGUCGCCAAUCUUCUCCGGCUAUUCCAGAUCCCUCAGAUAAGCUACGCGUCAACAAGUGCCAAGCUCAGUGAUAAAACCCGCUAUGAUUAUUUCGCCCGCACGGUUCCCCCGGACUUCUACCAGGCCAAAGCCAUGGCUGAGAUCCUCCGGUUCUUCAACUGGACGUACGUGUCCACCGUUGCGUCGGAGGGCGAUUACGGUGAAACCGGAAUCGAGGCCUUCGAGCAAGAGGCUCGCAUGAGGAACAUCUGCAUCGCCACUUCUGAGAAGGUGGGACGCUCAAACGCUAAGAAGUCCUAUGAAGCUGUGAUCCGUCAGCUCCUGCAGAAGCCAAACGCCCGUGUGGCUGUCCUCUUCCUGCGCAGCGAUGAUGCCAGAGAGCUGCUGGCAGCUGCUGCCAGGCUCAACACCUCCUUCAUCUGGGUGGCCAGCGACGGCUGGGGCGCGCAGGAGAGCAUCGUCAAGGGAAACGAGGUCACCGCCGAGGGAGCCAUCACACUCGAGCUGUCGGCCAAUCCCUUGCCAGAGUUCAACCGCUACUUCCUCAGCUUGAACCCCGUCAAGAACCUCCGUAACCCCUGGUACAGGGAAUUCUGGGAGCAGCGGUUCCAGUGCUCUUUAGGUGGUGGAGGAAAAGAAGGAGGUGGAGGUAUUGGACUCGGGGAGACGGCUCACCUCCCUCCGUGUGGCAGGAGCUUGUCGAUGGACAAGAAUAACUUUGAACCGGAGUCAAAGAUCAUGUUCGUGGUGAACGCGGUGUAUGCUAUGGCUCACGCUCUUCACCAUAUGCAACAGAGUCUGUGCUCCAACACCACCAAGCUGUGUGACAGCAUGAAGGCCCUGGACGGGCGCAGACUCUACAGGGAUUACAUCCUCAAUGUCAGCUUCACAGCCCCUUUCGCUCCACCAGGCAGUGAGACAACAGUCAAGUUUGAUACCCAGGGGGACGGCAUGGGCCGAUACAAUAUCUUCAGCUACCAGCGCUCUGGUGAUCGUUAUGGUUACGUGCCGGUAGGCGAAUGGGCUGAGACCCUGAGUUUGAGCAGUGAUCUGAUUCACUGGCCAAGAGAAGCGGUGCCCACCUCGCAGUGCAGCGACCCCUGUGAGCGUAAUGAGAUGAAGAAAAUGCAGGCAGGUGAGUACUGCUGCUGGAUCUGCACAGCCUGUGAGCCUCAUGAAUACCUGGCUGAUGAGUUCACCUGCUCGCCCUGUGCUCCCGGCCAGUGGCCCACUGACGACCUGACAUCCUGUUACGACCUACCCGAGGACUAUAUAAUGUGGGAGGAUGCUUGGGCCAUUGGUCCAAUUACUGUUGCCUGUGUAGGGUUCAUGUGCACCGGCCUGGUGUUCUGGGUGUUUGUACGAAACAACAACACACCGCUGGUGAAAGCCUCAGGCAGGGAGCUGUGUUACAUUCUUCUCUCGGGGGUCUUCAUGUCCUACGCCAUGACUUUCCUCUUCUUAGCCAAACCAUCUCCUGCCAUCUGUGCUCUACGUCGCCUCGGCCUGGGCACAUCAUUUGCUGUCUGCUACUCUGCCCUCCUCACCAAAACCAACAGAAUUGCCCGGAUAUUCAGUGGUGUGAAAGACGGAGCGGGUGCAACGAGGCCACGCUUCAUUAGCCCGUCCUCUCAGGUGUUUAUCUGUCUGAGCCUAAUCUCCGUUCAGUUAGUGAUGGUGUCAGUGUGGCUGCUGCUGGAGGUUCCAGGUACACGGCGCUUCACGUUGCCAGAGCGACGGCAGACUGUCAUCCUCAAGUGCAACGUACGCGACUCCAGUAUGUUGCUGUCACUGGGAUACGACGUGCUCCUGGUCAUCCUGUGUACUGUGUAUGCCUUCAAGACCAGGAAGUGCCCAGAGAACUUCAACGAGGCCAAGUUCAUUGGAUUCACCAUGUAUACCACCUGCAUCAUUUGGCUGGCCUUUCUCCCCAUCUUUUAUGUUACAUCAAGCGACUACAGGGUUCAGACCACCACGAUGUGCAUCUCAGUGAGCCUGAGUGGCUUUGUGGUGCUGGGCUGCAUGUUUGCACCGAAGGUCCAUAUCAUCAUGUUCCAGCCCCAGAAGAAUGUGACCAGUCACAGGCUUAACCUCAAUCGCUUCAGUGUCAGCGGGGCUGCCACCACCACGUAUGCGUCUCAUGCUUCGGUCAGUGCCCACUACGUACCGACCGUGUGCAACGGGAGAGAAAUAGUCGACUCCACCACGUCCUCUCUGUGACCACCUACAGUCCACUCAUGAAAUCUGCCCCUGCGACUGUUAGAUUAACAUCAUCAUCUCCAUCCCCCUUAAACCUUCUCUCCUCAUCUUACACACACACACAAACACACAGUGUUUACACUGUCCACAUACAAACACGCACACACACACACACACACAAACAACCGUCCUUGUGGACUAGAACUGUAUUGUUUCAUAAAUGUAGAAAGUGUGUUACUAUAAUUAAAUUAUUUUCUAGGGUUGUACAUACAUGGAAUCCACAUUGUUGUAAGUAGAGAAACAAAAGAACAAAAAAAAGUUUUUAGGGAGGAAUUUUUGGAGCCUUUGUUUUUGAUAGCUUUGUUAUGACGCAGUGUAAAUAGACAUGUGCUUAAUCAUGGUAGAAGGGUGUGUGUGUGUGUCCCUCUCGGUCCGGAUGCACAUUUGUGGCUAAAUGCUCGCCUCACCCGCAAUAUUCCACCAACUUUUUAUUCUCAUGCUUUUUUGUAGGUCUCAUUGUUAUAACCGUUUAUCUGUACAUUUGUAUAUUACACUACUGAUGGUUCCAACAGCACAACGGUCUCGUGAAUGUGGACAAAAAGCAUAAACUGGAAAGAAAAUAACGGCUGGAAUGGACUUACAAACAAAAAUCCAUUGAACACAAUGA